GAAAUACAGCGAAUGUUUGGGUUAAUCGGGAUUAAUCUUCAUAUUUGAGAUACGGUAAUGCUUCAUAAGUAUUCAUGAGGUUUAUCAAGAAAUGAAAAGAAAGAAGCACUCGAAAAUAUGGAUGUAUGGAUUUGGAUAGAAUACAAUGGAAAACGAAAAAGUAAGCUAUGUCAAAAUAGCUGACUGAAAUUCAUCAGAAACUUGCACCUAAUCACAAAUCAUGUAGCUGCACUCCUAUGCGAAAACGAUGACAAUAAACUUCUAUUUUCGAAUAUUUGACUUCAAAACAACAUUAAGUGACAGGUUGAAGUCGAACGAUUUAUGAGUGAUGUUGUUGUUUCGAUGAUUUUUGUCAAUUUUUGAAAUUUUACCAAGAAAAAAGGAUAAAAAAUGGAUAUUUCCACAAGACAAUUGAGUAUAAAAAAGCCAAAGGCAGGUCGGAAAACAAUUAUUGCUUUCACACACGAAGAGGAUGAAAUUGAGACGGAAGAACCUCCCCAGGUUUACACAUUCUCAAGCUCUCCUAGGGCCUUGUACACCAACAGAAAACUAAUCGCUGGCCAAGAUGUUCCAUUGCCUUAUGCCAAUCUUAUGUUCGAAAGACGCGUUGUUAGAGGAAGCAAUUAUGCCCAACCCCCACUUCCCCAUCUUGGUGACGGUGAAUCUGCUGCUGCCCGAGCAGCUGUUGCAAGAAGAAGAGCAAUGGCCAGGAAGAAAGCCAGGACACAAAAUGUUAAGGCAGCUGAGCUACGCUUAGGGUCACCCCCAGCCAUAAAAGGUCGCAAACACGAACCCGUUCAGACAGAUCAGUUCUUAGAAGAAAUUUUCAUCACUCCACCUGUCACUGAAAUGUGCACUCAGACUGAACUUUUCCUGGACAGACCCGUAUCUCCAUUCUACGUACCUGCCAAAACCGGUAUUGAUGCAGAAACUCAGAUAUAUCCUGGAGAUCUCUUCGACUUCGACAUGGAGGUGCAGCCUAUUUUAGAGGUUCUAGUAGGAAAAACUGUGGAGCAAGCCCUCAUCGAGGUACUGGAGGAAGAAGAACUAGCGGCACUCAAAGAACAACAGAGGAAGUUCUUGGAGAUCAGGGCAGCAGAGGCUUGUGAAGCGCAACGUUUAAUAGAGAAGGAGAGAAGGUUACAGAGAGAGAAAGAGAGGAGAAUCAAGGAUUAUGAAGAAGGCAUAAAGGUUCAGAAAGAGAUGGAGGAAAGAAUAGCAGCUUCGGUUUUGAUGCAAGGUUAUCUGGCAGAUCUUCUUCCUUCAGUUUUAGAGGGAUUAGAGUCGGAAGGUGUUCUUCUUGACAACAUCAAACAGGACAUUGAUAAUACUUUCAUGCCAUGGCUCAUGAAGGAAGUAACGAAUGAACUAGAAGACAUUGUUAGCAGCCGAGACAUUUUAUCAGAUAUUGUCAGGGAUAUCCUCGAAAACAAAGCAGAAAUAUACAACGCAAUAUACAGUAUGUUUGACAUAGAGGAGCCAAAAGAUGAAGCUCCUCAGGCAGAUUUUUAUGACACUCAGGAAUUGAGCAAACUCAUUUAUGACGAGAAAACAAAGAAUGAGGCUCCUGAAUCUGUAGUGAGAAUUUCAGAAGAACCUAAGGAAGAGAAUUAAUCAUGAUUAUACACCUAUAUCUAUCAACAAUAUUUUUCUUAUUUAUUCCUGUUGUGACGAAACAUAUAUUUUAUGAAAUCUUGAAAAUUGAUUCAUUUAUUUCAACCAAUAUAUCUUCUUUACAGGU